AUGGAUACGUGGAAAUGUGUUGAUUUCUCAAAGGAGGAGGAAGAGGGGAUAACGGCGAAGAUCGAAGAAGUGUGUGAAGGAGAAAUCUUCCAACUGACUUUGGCAGGAAGAUUAUGGACGAACAACAACUUCAACUCAAAGGUGUUGACAAGUACUAUGUUAGGUGCCUGGAAGCUUAAAAACCCAGUAGAAGUGCAAGAACUAAACAAAAAUAUGCUCUUGUUCCGAUUUGCAACAAGGAGGGAUCUGGAGAACAUUUUAAAGAACAGUCCAUGGAGCUUCGAUAGGAAUAUGUUGGUUCUCAGUAGGAUUAAAGGUGAAGAACAACCUUCAGAUCUGAACAUGCAUUACGACACUUUCAGGGUCCGAAUCUAUGAACUACCAUUAAUGCUCGGAUCUGAAGCAAUAGCGAAGAAAAUUGGGGGUAUUUUGGGACUGUUUGAGGAACUUGACACAAAAGAAGCUUACAGGAACUGA